CAGAGGCGCCCGGGCGUGCGCUCCCUCGUGAGUUCCCUCGGCUGGCUGACUAUGUAAAAACAAGGGUUCGUUGUCCGGGAAUCUUAUUUAUUAAAGGUUCCCAGUGCCGAUUCCGACACUGUGAAGAGGCCCUCGGCAGUGACACUGUGUGCUCAUUAUGGAGAGAGAAAAAAUGUUUAGAUCCACUUUGCAGAUUUAGACACAUGGAAAUGCAGCAAAACUGCAGCAUUUCAUGCUUCUGGGAAACUCAACCUCUUGGUUGUGUGAAGAUCAGUUGUAUCUUUUAUCACAGCAAACCUCGAAAUAUCAAUGGAUUAUUUUUGCCACCAAGUAGCAAUAUCACACUUCAGAAAGACAGUCAGGAAGGAAUUCCAUCCCCGACUCAGAGUCAGGAGCCUUUGAAACCUCAGGAGAAUAUAUCACGCCCCAUUCACCAUCCUUUAGUUUUAAAAACUAACUUUGAGGAAGAAGAGGAGGAAGAAGAGGAACAAAAUGAUUAUUUGGAUUUGGGACAAUUUAAUUUAAAAACAAUAUGUCCUAUAGAUGCUUCUAGUUUGUGGACAAAGACUCCUGAAGAGAUUGAAGAAAAAAGAGUAAUAAAGGAGAUGUGCUAUAAAUCUGGCGAAUACUACAGAUUUCAUACUCCUACAGAUGCUUCACCAUCAAAAAGCACAGCUCCUGUAGUGGAAAAAGAGCUAGAAAAGCCUUUGGAAAAUGGCAGUGAAUUGCAAGAAGGAGAUGGACUUACAAUUCCAACAAAAUUUAGCCUAGCUGAAAGGCAAGGUGAGACAAAAAUAUCACUGGAUGGGAAACCAAGGACUGACAUUGCUGCUUUUGAAAAUGGAGGAGGUGACUGCUCUGUUCCACAAAGGAUUGUAUUUCUUGGAGUAGAUGAAAGUGAAAGUUUAACUGAAGAGAAAGAAGUCAUCAUGUCAAAAUGCCCAAAUACCAAAGAUAACAAGGACAGUCCUCAUCCAAAGCAUUCCUUAACUACCCGACUAGUACCUACCACGCAUGUAUUAAAUGCUACUGAGAAUAUCAAUAUGAAGUCCAGGGAGGACAUCUCUUCAACGAACGAUGUUCAGCCAGUGAAGAAGCCUCAUUUUAAAGGUGUGAAAAAGAGAAAAUGGAUUUGUGAUGAGCCAAAGAACUUUUCUGGCUCUGGAAUGCGGAGAGUACAAGCCCCAAAUCCAAAAAAUAAAAUGAAUUACCAUCAUCAUAAUAAAAACAGAAAUGCUGAAAACGCAUCCUAUCUCCAUGUCCGAAGAGAUGCUGUCAGGACUGUCCCGCUGAGCGCACCUCCCUGCAGCAGACACACAAACGGGUCUAUCAAUAAAGCCGAUGUUCACAAGGAACCCAAAAUCCACGUCUGUCCAGACAAAUACACGUCAACAUCAUAUAACGGUUCAGCCUGGAGGAAAAGAAUUCCUUUUCCAAAAACAUAUUCAAAAACUGAAAAGAUAUAUACAGAGCCAAGAAGAAAUGGGAGCAAGUAAACUUGGAGGUUGAGAGAAGAGAAAAAUGAGAAAAGAGAAAAGUGCCAGCCAUCAUCUGAUUUACAAUCAAAAAUGAAAAUGCAAAGAAUGAGAUAUUCAAGUACUCCAUACUGUAUACUGGAUAGCCAAAGAUGAUAAAAUGCAAAUUCUGAAAAUAAGACGCAGGAGUUACAUUGUGCUCUUUCGAAACUGAUAAAAAUGCAAAUUACAAACAGCUGCCUGUGUAUUUAUAUAGGUCUGGAAUUCAUUCAGUGCAUUACCACAAACAUUUAAUAAAAUUUAAAACUUUGACAAUUAAAA